CAGCUGUAGCAACACGCUGUAAUAAUACACCGAGGAAGGAAGAUAUCGUCCCUUGGUACACCGGUACACUGGGGCAGACACCCGUUACACUGGUACACCAAGGGAAGGUAGCCCGUGACCGAUACACCGGUACACGAACUGAAGACACCCGAUAUACUGGUACACCAAGGAAAGGUAGCCCGUCCCCGGUACAGUGGGGGAAGACAUUCGAUACACUGGUACACCAAUGAAAGGUGGGCCCGUGCCCGGUACACUGGGGAAAGACACCCGAUACAUUGGUACACCAAGGAAAGGUAGCCCGUGCCCGUUACACCGGUAUACUGAAGGAAGACAUCUGAUACACUGGUACACCAAUGGAAAGUAGCCCGUCGCCGGUACAGUGGGGGAAGACAUUCGAUAAACUGUUACACCAAGGAAAGAUGGACCCGUCCCCGGUACACCGGUACACUGGGGGAAGACACCCGAUACACUGGUAUACCAAGGGAAGGUUGCCCGUCCCCGGUACAGUGGGAAAGACAUUCCAUACACUGGUACACCAAGGAAAGAUGGACCCGUCCCCGGUUCACCGGUACACUGGGGGAGGACACCCGAUACACUGGCACACCAAGGAAAGGUAGCCCGUCCCCGGUACAGUGGGAAAGACACCAUAUACCCUGGCACACCAAGGUAAGGUAACCCGUCCCCGGUGCACCGGAACACUGGCACACUGGGGGAAGACAUUCGAUUCACUGGUACGCCAGGGGAAGGUAGUCUGUCAACCGGUACACCAGGGGAAUGUAGUCUGUAUACCGGUGCACCAGGGGAAGGUAGUCUGUCUACCGGUACACCAGGGGAAGGUAGUCUGUCUACCGGUACACUGGGUGAAGGUAGUCUGUCUACCGGUACACUGGGUGAAGGUCGUCCGUCUACCGUUACACCAGGGGAAGGUAGUCUGUCUACCGUUACACUAGGGGAAGGUAGUCCGUCUACCGUUACACCAGGGGAAGAUAGUCUGUCUAUGGUACACCACGGGAAGGUUAUCCUUAUACUGGUAAAUGGGGAAGAUAAAUUGUAGCUUGUACGCCGGUGCAACAGAGGAAGAAAGUUCGUCUACUGGUACACCAGGGGAAUGUAGUCCGUUUACCGGUACACCAGGGGAAGGUAGUCUGUCUACCGGUCCGUUUACCGGUACACCAGGGGAAGGUAAUCUUUCUACCGGUACACCAGGGGACGGUAGUCCGUCUACCGGUACACCAGGGAAAGGUUAUCUGUCUACUAGUACACCGAGGGAAAGGUAGCCCGUCUACUGGUACACCAGGGGAAUGUAGUCCGUCUACCGGUACACCGGGAGAAGUUCACCCAUAGACUGGUACAUGGGAAGCAAGGGAAGAUAGCCCGUCCACUGGAAUAGUCCAUCCACGCUAAUUGGCGGUGCUGUUUAUAAUAAGAUAGUAACACAGAUGGUACGAGCAUGGUUCUGCUGUAAUACAAACCAUGCCCCUCAGUCGGUGCUAACUCGGGUCAGGUAUGACCUCCAGCCAGGCGUGACGUCACUCUGGUACCAAUUGUAUCUGAGCGCACGUGUGUAUAUAUAUUGGAGCUGUAUCGACUCUAUACAGUAGUACGGUACUGAGGCUGAACUACGACUGUCCGGUGAUGAGAUAGACAUCCGGGCAGUAGAGGCAUGACUCUCUCUAGUUUAUUGUUUUUAUUCUAUCGGAAUUCGUCUUCGAAAAUGAAUACUAUUAUAUAAAGGAAUUAAGAUAAUGGUGAUAUAGAAAAUAUAUAUGUAUGUGAUGAUAACUGUUUUGUCCUGUGUACAUGUUUAAACUUCAAAGAUUUCCUGUGGUAGCCGUGAUGUACAAUAGUAACACAGCGAUACCCGUUUCCAAUUUCCGCCGUUAAUUGGCAGAGCGCUGGAUUCUUCUUACCUGUGGAUGCCGAUAGCCGCGAUCCUUGGUGACAGUAGCGAAUCGCUCCACCACACUGUCUACGGAAACACCGACAACGAUAGCGGAUCUGGCACUACUUUUACUACCCAGUAUUUUAAGAAAGCUACUCUAAGUUUACAUCAGUGACAUUCGGAUGGUAUCCGGUAUAUACAUUGGCAGUACAUGUGUAUUUGUUCUGGACAUAAUCCAGUGUGAUUAUAAACAUGGUUCUUGUACAUGUGCAUUGUAUUCACAUUUGGUACUUCAAAGCGGUUCCUACAUCAUGGUGUGUUUGCGUGGGCUAAGUUUAUAAUUGAUCAGGAUUUUUGUUAACAUGUUGCUGGAUUUUAUAAAAAAAUAAAUGACUGUUCGAUGACCAAAGGUUGAGUGUACGGAUUUUACUUCACUAGAACAAAUGGCGUGUUUCGAGCGCCACAAACAGAAACAUCCUCUGUGGUGUUAAUAUUUACACAACAGUAAAAUCAAAGCGUUUAAUUUCCUUUGUUUUGUUUCACGAACAACACCAUUUGUCGUGUAUUCUAAAUAGUGUGUUGGCACACUGCCGUGAAAGUUAGCUGUAACUUUUUAUAUUUUGUAAAAUUAUCACAGAUGUUCGACGUCAUAUUUUGAAGAUAGCCUUUAGACGGUGACGUUAUAAGCCUGCGACAUCACAAUGGAUCCCGGUCCGACAUGGAAGAAGAUGUUACCACUGUCCAUCAUUGUGAUCAUUUUUCUAUGUACCGGGGCACUCGUGUUCAGCGCCCUGGAAGGCGACCCGGAACUGGAGAGGCGACAGGUGCUUAGGGAAUACCUCAACAGGUUUCUCAGGAACCACACCUGCAUUGAUUCUGACGAACUGCACGAAUUGCUGUCAGAAGUGGACACCGAGAUCAACUUCGCUUUACGGAUGAUCCGAAACAAGACGAUAUACACACAAUGGGACUUCUCGGGGUCAUUCUCCUUCGUCAUCACCGUCGUCACAACUAUAGGGUACGGUAAUCUGGCCCCUCGAACGGGCCUGGGGAAGGUUGCUGUGGUUGUGUUCGCCUUCAUCGGUAUCCCCAUCACCAUGAUAAUGAUCUCGUACAUAGGACAGGUGCUGACCAGACUGUCCAAACGGGUUAACAAGUGUAACCUCUGUUCGUCCAAACCAAUGGUCAACAAAGUCCUCAACAUUGUGUUGAUUAUAACGCUUGGAAUCACCAUGUUGUUUGGAAUUCCUGCCUUCAUUUUCAAUCAAGUCGAGAAAUGGGACUUUUUGGAAGGGCUUUAUUAUUGUUUUGUCACGUUAUCUACGAUAGGAUUUGGGGAUUACAUUGCAGCUAUAUCCGAGAACCGCCUGAGUGAUCGCGGGGCUGGUGACGUGUAUCGAGUUGUGACGUAUGUGUGGAUCCUGUUCGGGCUGUCCUAUCUCUCACUCGUCAUAUCUUACAUCACAGAGGUCUUCAUAAAAAAAGCAGAGAAAAUGGAAAACUUCACCAAGAAUAAAUUUGAGAAUGAAAUAAACAAACUUCAAGACGAAAUCACAAAAACAAAGCGAACGGUACAACAGAAGGCUUCUACAGUGAAAACCAGUGUCAACCGUAAAAUGCGAGACUCGCACUCACCAAAGUUAACAAGAGGCGACGCUCUAGACCAAAAGGACACCAAAAAUGGGGUACAGCUUCUGAGAGUGACUUUCAUGUCGGAAGGCAGAGACAACACAGUCUGUUCUUGACGUCAUUGAAAUUAUCAGCGACAUUAACAGUUUAGGUUAUCACUAUAAAACUGAAAGAAGCUAAGAAUUUAUUUAUAACUCAUAAAUACAGUUCAAAAGUCUAUGUGAGUGUUUGACUAUAUACAUGCAACACAUCAAGCGGGGUGACUACAUGACGACCAUGAUGAUUCAGUAUAGCGUGUUUAUGUCGCCAUCCAAUGUGGGUGAGAUUAGGGCUGCACAGUGUGAUAUCGAAAACCCCAAGGCUGUACAAAUAGCGUGAUUUUGACGUAACGAAUGUGGACAAGUUAAAGUCUGAUUUAAAAUGUUUUAUCAUUGUACUGUGUUGAGCAACAUCUUAUUAUUUUUGGAGGAAAGUCACAAUGUAUUCUUUUAAUGAA